AUGAACAAAUGGUUUGGGAUGCAUGCCACUUUUUUGGUGAGUUUUUGAUGAAUUUUGUUUGAUUACUUUUGAUUUUGCUGCAUUCUUUAAUGUUUACGGACUUUUAGAUCGUUUUGUGCCCCCCAGUAAUCCCCUGUGCGUAGUGAUUCAACGUUUUAUCAGCUUCUGAAUGAAUUUAGCUGGGAGAGAAGGAAAUGUUGGUCUUUUGAUUGAGAUCAAGGAAUUCGCAGAGGUUGAGGCGGCCGUUAAAGGUUUGCCAUGGGGAUUCAAUGAGCUGAUAGCACUGGUCGCUGUGUGGAUGACUUGACAAGGGAAGGGCUUGGCCGCCGAGCUUUGCUAAAUUUUGGUAAGGUUUUUUUAUAUUGUUCUUCUUUUAGAGAUUUGUUAUCAAAACUGGUAUCUUCUACAAGUAUAUCUCUUGGUCCGAGAUCGUACUCGAGCCUUUGACGGAUUUUCUGAGGAUGGGAUCAGCCCAAAUAAGGAGUAUUGUAAGUUGUUUCAACCAGAUGUUCCUUUUUUGUCAUGUAUAAUAUCGGGAAAUGGCGAAAGUCUUUUUUCGAAUUGAUGUAAUUUGACUCUUACGGUUUCCAGCCAUGUAUUGAGAGAAAACCUUAAACUGGAAUGAAAUUUGGUGCCUUAUCGGCCAGUGGAUUUCUCAAACAAACGUCAAAAAGCCUCUGUGCCUAAUGGCCGCUUGGGACUCGAUCUUGUAGUCUUCUAGUUAGUUUUUUGUUUAAAAUUUUAAUUUUUUUGGAUAUUGCACAUGAUGACUUUUAUACAAUUUUACUUCCAGAUGGACCAUCUCGCCGAAAAUUUGAAGAAAUCCAAGCAGAAAAUUGAGAUCCUGUUUGAUGAGGACCAUUCCCAGCUGCCUCCAGGCUCAAUCUACUCGGUCUUGAAGAAAAAAAUCUAA